UUUAGAAAAAAUGGGCAACAUAAAUAAAAAGUAAAAGGCUCUCUCUCCUUUCUUUCAGUUUCGACAUUCCCCAGAAUCUCUCUCUUCCCUUUUUGUCUCCAACCAAAACAAAACCUUAAUCACCUUUCUUCUUCUUUAAACAGAGAGCAUAACAGAGACGUUCGUUCCCACUCUGUCUUAAUCUCCUCUGUCUCAAUUCUAAAUUGAAGAUCGAUGGAAACCGGUGGAACAAUUCCGGGUCAAGAAAUCGGAUCCGGGUUUCAAAAACCAGUUAACCCAGAUGGGUUUGUGACGAUCGAUGUCGAAAGUUUCUCUAAUGUCAUCCACAAAGACUUCUCUUCUUCUAGUCCCAGAAUUACUUUGCAGAGAAAUGUAUCGAGGAAAGGGUCUCCAAGAAGCAACAACGAGAGAAAACUCCAAUUUGACGCAAAUGGUAAUGACAAGGAGACCUCAUUUCCUCAGUCCCCACUUAGAGGAUCAAGCACGCCGGAAAAGCCUAGCAUCGUUGGGCCCACAGAACAUGCAGGCACGGCCACAUCCGCUGCCACAGCUGUUUCAGCCUCGCCGCUUCAUCAGAUCACCAUUACUACGGCUGCCACGGCCGCCGGAAAUAUGAUCACCGACCAAAAUAGAGAAAGAAGAUUCGGCUUUUCGAGGAAAUCGAGUUUUAAACGCUCUCAUACUUCUUGGAUGCUUGAUCCGAAGAAAAUCGUCCUCUUCUUUGCAACUUUGUCAAGCAUGGGAUCAAUCUUGUUAAUCAUAUUCACACUCUCGAUCAGCAAGUCCAAUCCCGGAGAUAUGCCUCUAGACUAAUAGUAAACACAAGAAGAGCAUUAUAUAUAACGCAUAUAUAUAUCAUCGACCGACCUAAGUUUGUGGCCAUAGAACAUGCCACAGUCUCACCGACCUACAUUUGAGGAGAUGUAUCAGACAGAAGAACAUUACAAAAAAUGAAGAGGGUAAGGUUGUGAUAAUAGUUUUAUUUCGUAUGAUUUUUUUUAAAAAAAUGGAAAACAAAAAAAAGAAAACAGUAAGAGAGAGAAAGUGGGAAGUGGGCACGCACGAGAUCAUAUGGGAGAUUGGAAAAGAAAAGCUUAAGACAAGAGUUUAUGACUAUUGUGACAAAGACAGAGAAUCUUCUCUUCUGUUCUUUUAAAUUCUUCUUUUCCUCUGUUUUUUUAAAAACAUUUAUUUAUCGAGUAAUGUGUUCUGAUUUCCUUGUAUGUCUUCUUUAUGUGUGUACAUAUCAAUUGUGGUGACUGGUGAGCAAUUUUUAGCUUUCGUUUGGUUUAUCUUUUCCAAAUAUAUAGAGAAAGUCUGAGUCGUGUUACAGACU